AUGAACGGCACAGAGGGACCAUAUUUCUAUGUUCCUAUGAUAAACACCACCGGCAUUGUCCGGAGUCCUUAUGAUUACCCUCAGUACUACCUUGUCAACCCAGCAGCUUACGCUGCCCUGGGUGCCUACAUGUUCCUGCUCAUUCUCCUUGGAUUCCCCGUCAACUUCCUCACUCUGUUCGUCACCAUCCAACACAAGAAGCUGCGAACCCCUCUAAACUACAUCCUGCUGAACCUUGCCGUGGCUAAUCUUUUCAUGGUGUUUGGAGGAUUCACCACAACAAUGUACACCUCAAUGCAUGGCUACUUCGUCCUAGGACGCCUUGGCUGCAAUUUGGAAGGAUUCUUUGCUACCCUGGGCGGUGAGAUAGCCCUCUGGUCACUGGUUGUUCUGGCUGUUGAAAGGUGGAUGGUUGUCUGCAAGCCCAUCAGCAACUUCCGCUUCGGGGAAGAUCACGCAAUCAUGGGUUUGGCCUUCUCCUGGGUGAUGGCCUCAGCUUGUGCUGUGCCCCCUCUUGUCGGCUGGUCUCGUUACAUCCCUGAGGGCAUGCAGUGCUCAUGUGGAGUUGACUACUACACACGUGCAGAAGGAUUCAACAAUGAGUCCUUUGUUAUCUACAUGUUCGUCUGCCACUUCAUGACUCCAAUGAUUGUCAUUUUCUUCUGCUACGGCCGUCUGCUCUGCGCCGUCAAGGAGGCUGCCGCUGCCCAGCAGGAGUCUGAGACCACCCAGAGGGCUGAGAGGGAAGUCUCCCGCAUGGUUGUGAUGAUGGUCGUCGCCUUCAUUGUAUGUUGGUGUCCCUAUGCCGGUGUGGCCUGGUAUAUCUUCACCAAUCAGGGAUCUGAAUUUGGACCAGUCUUCAUGACUAUCCCGGCUUUCUUUGCCAAGAGUUCUGCUAUCUACAAUCCAAUGAUCUACAUCUGCAUGAACAAGCAGUUCCGCCACUGCAUGAUCACCACCUUGUGCUGCGGGAAGAAUCCCUUUGAGGAAGAGGAGGGAGCAUCCUCUACUAAAACCGAGGCCUCCUCUGUCUCCACCAGCUCUGUGUCCCCUGCAUAA